AUGGCUGAAUUUUCUAAUCGAUCAAACCAGGGAGACUUUCUUAGGCCCUGGUCCCCCUGUAAGGCAAUCAAGAGGAAGUGAGAUUCACAGCUGGGAUAACCAGGACAGGACAAGGACAAUCCGCCAAGGAGUGAAAAUGGUGGCAAAGUCAAGAGUGAGAAGGGCUUGCUCACAUCUAAGCUGAACGCAGCCUUUUCUGUUCCAAGUCAUGGGACAUACCAGGAAUGGAGCCAGGAAAGCGUGACAUCUCAGUCAGAGCUAGGGUGCCUAGGGAUAAUAAAAAAAAGCAGGAGACCCAUCAUCUGGUCUACCAAAGUCUCAGUCUCCCAGGACAUAACGAAGACAAGGCUGCUCAUUAAAUGGCUUUAGACAGCGUCGCCUUGGCCCCUCUCUACCAAGGUCCCAACAUCAACAGAAUAAGGCUGUUGGCAGAGGCACCUAAAAAGCCAGCCUUCUCGCUAAAAUCCUUGGUCCCCUCUAAGAGCAAACUCACCACCAUUGAGACCAAGAGGAUCAUGUUCGUCCUGGACGAGACCAUCCACAAGGUGGAGUUGGUGACCCUGCUGUCAUCUGUGGCAUCCACUAGCGAGGGUCUGGAGGGGAUGCUGGGAGACGACAUCAUGAAAGCGGUGAGGGAGCAUGAAGACCUCUCCCAGGUCCUCCUGGACAAAUUCAGUUACCUGCAGGAUGAAGAAAGGCGGUUGCGGGCGGAAGAGGAGUUCAAGGACGAAGGUUGGUUCAGAGACCGCCUCCUCUGUGUACAGCAGCACAAGUCCCACCUCCCCCCACUUAUGCAGCAGGUCAGAGAAUCCACCAAGAACCUCCUGAGGCUCCUGCUCAGUAACCCGCAGGCUGCCAGGCUCUUGCAGAUGGAGUCACUGGGUAGAAGCGCAGAAGCCCAGAGUUUCAUUGAUAGCCUGCUAGAACUCCGGGGUUUCCUGUUUGAGAAGCUCCUCACUAGUCCCAUGGAGGCUAGAGACAAGGCUCAUUUCCUCCAGGAUCUCACUAGACGGAACAAGAGGAACCAGGAGGUCAUCGAUGCCCUUGAACAGGAAUUGGCUGCGAGCUCAAAGAACAGGCAUGCAAAGGCGCAGAAAGAGAACUUUGUGAUCCAAGAACUGAAAAAUCACCUGCACCAGGUGCUCAGGUUCUCAGAGAAAAGCCUCCUUCGCACCAAGCAUGAGUCCGAGAAGCAGCAGAAGGCAGAUUUCCAGGCCUCACAGGCCAGGGUGGCCAAGAUCCGGCAGGAGACCCUGCAGCUGCAGUCACAGUUCCACAACCUGCUCGUGGAGAACCGGGAGGCCGAGCAGGCGCUGAGGAAGAAGAAAUAUAAAGUGGAGACAGAAAUUGAGAACUGGAUCCAGAAAUACGACACGGAGAUGAGCGAAAAGCAGGGAGGAGAAGGCCCAGUUGGAGGAACUGAAGUACAGGCACAGCGCCCUGGUGGAGGAGUUCUCCCAGAUCCGGGAAGAGCGGGAGAUCAACUCCAAGAAGAACUGGGAGGCCGAGCAGGAGAUGCUACACAUGGUGCGGGCUGCCACGCUCAUCCAGGCCGUGUGGAAGGGCUACCUGGUCCGCUCCAUGCUCAGGUCCAAGAAGAAGCGCGGCAAGGGCAGAGCGAAGGCCAAGGGCAAGUGAGGCCCCCUCCCCCCAGCCCGGCUCUGACCCCCAGUACCCUUUGCGCCCCUCACCUCCCAGAGAACAGGCUAGGAAGCCACUGGACCGGGGAGCCCUGCGAUGAUGGCUUUAACGCUUUUCCAAAAUUAAAAACCAUUUUAAAGCACAUUCUACAAAUAAACCUUAUUUUACCCAGGGCUGUUGGCUGUGUGCCUGUUGGAGCUUGCCGAUGCUAUUUGCAUGAGAGCAUGCAGGCCAGGGCGCCAGCACAUAACCAUCCCUUCCUUUAGCCUCCGUGGGAAGCCAGACCCCACGCUGGAGCCCCCUUGGUCCCAGACCAGAAACCGCCAUGGCCGUGAUGGACACACCACGCACCAGGACUGCCCACAGGGGUCCUGGGGGCAGGCUGAGAACUCCAGGAGAAUCAGGGCUUCACACUGCCUCAGCCCCUGCCCUGGGAUAGUCUGUUUGUCCACUUCUCCCCCACCCAGCACUGUGGAAACUCAGGAGUCCCAAGGUCACGAAGCAGCCACCUCACACUGGCUUUACUUGGAGCCCAGGUAGUUGAACAAUGUCUUUUUUAAUUCAGUGCUGGCAUUUUAAAAAUCAGGGACUGUCUCACAGAAAGCCAGCUUUCUGCUUUUUCUGGAAACAUCUCAUCAUCAGAUACCCUGGGCGUACACAUCUUCUAGGGCUUAGCUGCAGCACCCAUUAGAUGGCAGAGGCUGCAGACAGGUUACCCCAGCCGACCCACUAGUUAGCGGUAUGAGCUCAGACUGAUGGCAGGAGCCGAGUGAUGCCUGAGGCCGGUGUCCCCAAACGUCAGUCAGUUGCCCACUCGCCACUG